ACCAUUACUACGACAAGGCAGUCGUUCGAUGUUCUGUUCGGGAACUGCCCCUACUGCAGCGAGCCUGUCGCCGUGAAGAGCACCGACAUCUGAACCUGCCUUCUUCGCAUUUACAAAUCGAGGUGCUGAAGUUGGCUUAAUGUGUGGUUCCAGGUUUCGGGCGGACCAGUAAAAAGGAAGAGGGAAGAAAACAAGAAGAUCUAGGUCGCUACGUGGAUGAGCCGGUCGUCAUGAUCUAGAUGUCAUCAAUGGAGCUGCAAGGGGUCAAAAUUCCCGUUGCUUUCUACGAAAUUGGCGUCCACUUCUAGAGAUGAAAGAAGUGUGCCAGCCUAAUUACUGAAAAUUGGUGUCUCUUACGCACCCUUCUAGAUUUGGGACGAAUGAGGAAUUGCUGACUGGUAUAAUUACAGUGGUUUGGAUCUCUGAAUGUCAAUGCGCAUUAGUAUUUCCCUUGGUUGCUCGCCUAACGGCGACCCUUGAAUUAGUUUACCAAUUAUUCCAAGCCGCCUGAUGAUAAAAUAAUAGUUCCAGAAAGCUGAAACGGUCAGUCAAACGGCCCAAAUCCACGACGGCAAACGAACGACUAUACUAUUGCAGAUCUAGUAGAGAAGGAAAAAUUGCCAUCUAGACUUGUAGUUGUCCCCUCUCUUAGAACAGUCCGAUUUUAUCCCGACACGGCGAACAUAUAACGGAUUGCAGAGACAGGAGCGCAUAUCAGGUUCUCGUGGAAGAAAAAGGAGAGCUUUAGGAGGCAUCAUCGCACCAGAUCCACCCAUGUCGACGACGACGACGACGACGCAUCACCCUGCGAUUUGAUCCCAUCACCGGAGGGCAGGAGAAGGGGGAAAAAAGAGAGAAAAAGUAAAGGCUGCUGCCGGUGAGGCGAGCCGGUCCGCGGAGUGAAGUGGUGAUCCACCACACCCACAACCACAAACAAACAGAGGCAGGAACCAGAAGCGACCCACCGGGCGGUUGAGCUCCCGCGCCGCCCCCUCGCCUCAUCGGCACCCACCUCGCGCCACCGGCGUCACUGAGGAAAGUUCUGGGCGACUCCCCCAGGCGGCGGCGGCGGCGGCGGCCAAGUCAAAUCCAAGUAGGAUGGCGCCGGGGGAGGGCGGGGAGAAGAAGGGGAGGAGGGGGAGGAGGUGGCUGCCGGCGGCGUGCCUCCCGCGGCCCGGGUGCUUCACGGUGUCCGCCGCCGACGAGGGGCCCUCGGGCUCCGGCUCCGGCGCCGACGAGGGAGGCGGAGACGGGGCCAGCAGGCGGGCGCCCACACAUCUGAUCGUGACCGUCAAUGGGAUCGUCGGCAGUGCAGAAAAUUGGGGUUACGCAGCAAAACAUUUCAUCAGAAAACACCCUGAGGAUGUGGUUGUUCAUUGCAGUGGAUGCAACUCAGCAACUCGAACUUUCGAUGGUGUUGAUGUGAUGGGAAGGAGAUUAGCGGAGGAGGUGAUUUCAGUUGUUAAGUGUAGACCAGAACUUCAGAAGAUCUCCUUUGUUGCACACUCAUUGGGUGGGUUGAUUGCAAGAUACGCCAUUGCACUACUAUAUGAGCCUACUACACAAACAGAUUGUCAUGAGGAGUAUGAGAAGGAUGUCAAUGAUGCUCGUAGCAACCAACCGAUGGGUCAAGGCAAGAUUGCUGGUUUGGAGCCCAUGAACUUUAUAACUUUUGCAACACCACACCUUGGCACAAGAUCACAUAAACAGAUGCCCCUUCUCCGUGGUUCCUAUAGAUUGGAAAAGAUGGCUUUUGGUAUGUCCUGGCUUGCUGGGAGAAGUGGAAAACAUCUUUUUCUAAAGGAUGUUGAAGAUGAGAAGCCACCAUUACUUCUUCAGAUGGUUACUGAUUACGGGGAUCUCCAUUUCAUAUCAGCUCUUCGUUCUUUCAGGCGCUGUGUUGCUUACUCAAAUGUUUGUGGUGAUUUCGUUGUUGGCUGGAAGACAUCUUCAAUACGCCGUCAACAUGAGCUUCCCAAGAAAGAAGAUUUUGUGGAUGAUGUAAGAUAUCCACAUGUUGUAUAUGUGGAAAAACCAAAGGCUCGGGAUGUUGAUUUUUCGGAUGAAAUGAUUUAUCAGGCAAAAACUACAAGUGAAAUGGAAGAGGUAAUGCUGAAAAGCCUAAAUAGAAUUCCCUGGGAAAGGGUAGAUGUUAGCUUCAAGAGAAGUAGACAAAGGAUUUUUGCCCAUAGCACCAUUCAGGUGAAGACAUAUUUCUUCAACUCUGAUGGGGCUGAUGUGGUCUUCCACAUGAUCGACCAUUUUCUCUACUAACAUGGAGCGAUAACGUGGUGGCGGUGCCGAUUUCUUUCUCUUCUUCUAUCUGGAUACCAAUUUCUUUCUCUUCUUCUAUUUGGAUUAUUGGGUACCAAUUUCAAUUGGAUAGGAAAAGGAUAGGGGCAAAAAGUGUUGGAGAUAUACUACAGUGGAACAGGCAGAACCACCCGCUGGGCCUAUGUAGGCUUCCUGUAAAGUCUGUCUGGGGCUCGGUAGGUUCUUUUCUUUUCUCUCUUGCAUCCAUGCUUCAGUGUGCAUGCAUGCAUGUAAAUGUUUAAUGGACCACAGGCUGUUGAUUCAUCAGUGUAAUAAAAUAAGAUAAGAUCCGCUGUG